UAUUCACAGAGAAGGCAAAGAGACACACACAGGAGGAGUGAGAAAGUAUCAAGUUUCAGAUAACUGCACCAGUCAGAAAGGAAGGAGCAUCAUGUCACAGCCCAGCCAGUGCAGCUGCCUGAACUUCAUGCUGUUCGUGCUAUGUAGCUUCAAAGCUAUUGCUGCCUUUCCCUUCUUCUCUUCACUGCUGAAUCCCAGCUGGGGGGAAACGGAUAGUUUGAUACACCUGUACACAGCUACUGAGAAGAACAGCUUCCAUCUGCAGAUCAACCCUGAUGGUUAUGUUGACGGCACACCUCACCAAACCAUUUACAGUGCUCUAAUGAUCAAAUCUGAGGAUGCUGGCUAUGUGGUGAUAAGUGGUGUAAAGAGUGGGCGCUACCUAUGUAUGGACAUUAAAGGAAAUAUCUUUGGAUCGCAUUACUUCAGUCAAGAGGACUGCAUGUUUAAACACAGAACACUGGAAAAUGGAUAUGAUGUGUACCAGUCUCCCAAGCACAACUUCCUGGUCAGCCUGGGCAGGAAUAAACAAGCUUUCUUCCCUGGUAUGAAUCUGCCACCAUACUCCCAGUUUUUGCCCAGGAGAAAUGAAAUCCCUCUGAUCCGAUUCAACACACCCGAACCCCACAGGCACACUAGGAAUGCAGAUGUUGAUCCCCUCCAGAUUUUGAUCCCUCGGGGAGAGGCUUUUGACACAGGACCUCAGAGGUUGCAGACUCACUUUGAUCACCUGCCUAGAGAACCCAUGAGAAUCAAUCCAAAUGAUGUAGUCAGCCCGGAUGACCCACUCGCCAUGAUGGAUGUCAGAAGGAAUGCAAGUCCACGCCUUUACAUUACAAGAUAGCCAGGGCCACAUCUCUGCAGAGUGGAGACGCGGGUGAAUAUAUUAGAGAGAACUGGCUAGCCCCUCAACAUCUUUUAUAUUCAGUUUUCACAAGGUCUGUUAGAAACCUGAAAAGCAUUGAAAACUUUUGAAUUCAAGCUUUGUUCUUGUAGGUGACUUACAGAAACAUGCAAUUGUAUGUUAUUUUAUAGGUGAUUUAUUUCACUUGAAAUAAGCUGUAUUUGCAAGGUGGUAACACCAACCGAACAUUUUAGGAUCUUGACUCCCUUCUAGCUUACAUCAGAGUUAUUCCACCAAAGGCUGAGUCAUUGACAUUUUGUUACUGACAUGUCUGAGAAGAGAAUCAGGUUUAGAAUGUUUGAAACGCUAACUUAGACAGGGAAAACUUAAAAAACAACAAAUAGUCCAGUAGCACCUUAAAGACUAACAAAACAUAUGUGUCAUGAGCUUUUAUGGGCAAAAACAACUUCUUCAGAUGACCAGAAGAAGUGGGUUUUGCCCAUGAAAGCUCAUGAUACCAUCUACAUGUUUUGUUAGUCUUUAAGGUGCUACUAGACUACGUGUUGUUUUAAAAGCUUUUCCUGUUACAGACUCUCUCAGCUACCCCUCUGAAGCUCAUAGACAGGGAAGUUUGCUUCUAAUCUACUCUUCAAACUCUAGGUCAGGAGGCUGCACAAGCACAGCAGUGUAAAUAAGUGAUUGUGUAUUAUACAGAAAAGUUUAUGAUGUAAAUUUUUGGUAAUUAAGAUUAGAGGCUGAGUCUCAUCUCACUCUAGUGAGAAUCAGGAGUUAGAGGAGUUUUGCUGGUGUAAAAGUAGAGUAAACGAUGGGAGAAUUUGGUCCUAAUAACUGACAUACUAGUUGGAAUACAAUAAGAACCGGCUCAAACUAAACCCAAACUAAAAUUACUUUGAGGUAUGGAAAAAUUCAGAUAGCUUUUCUACUUGUUUUGUUCAUAACUGGUUCUAUACCAUACUUCUGGUGGUCAACUGUGUCCCAGAAAAGAGGUGUAUAA